UCGUUUGCCACCAGAGAGAGAGAGAGAGAUUCAAAUGGAGCCUUCGCCGUGGGAAGCAUUGGACAUCGACGACUCAGACCUGCAUUCUCUCCUCCGCCCUUGCAACCGCCGUAGCCGCCAAACCGACAGCCACUCUCUCAGCUCCUCGCAGCCUCAUCACCCAACUCUCGCCCCCAAUCCCAAUUUCUCGCACUCUCUACAACCCCCCCAAUUUCAACCCCCACCGCCACCGGAAACCCAGUUUGUAAUUCCGGGCCCGGCCGGCGCCGUUCAGGCCGCCAUGCACCGGAAGGCUCGCGCCAACUGUCGCGAUGGUCCUGCAAUGCCUACCCAGGAGUACAUAAGAAGGGCGGUGGAGGAAGGCCAAGAGGACGAUGAUUUCGACCGCCACCCCUGGCUUUCCGCUCUUCAGUUUCUCGGUCCACAAGAUAUAGUGGACAGUGGGCUUCCUAGUACUCCUUUAAGCUCUAUCAAGAAAUGUCCCAACAUUGGCAGAGUUGAUCAGGUUGUUGCGGUCAUCAAGUCAUGCAUACCGAAUGGUCUUGGUGGUCUGAUGGUGACUCUGAAGGACCCUACUGGUACAAUCAAUGCCAGUGUUCAUCAUAAAGCUCUUGUGGAGGUAGAGUUUGCAAACAAGAUCUCUGUUGGCUCUGUCUUGAUACUCAGAAAGGUUGUUGUUUUUGCCCCGUCAAUAUCAUCACAUUAUCUCAAUAUGACACCAAGCAACAUUGUCAAGGUCAUCUCUAAGGACAGCAGUCCUCCAAUAAAACCAAAUUAUCUUGUAUCUGCAACGAAGCCUGCUGCACUAGCUAGUGAAUGCAGAAGGGAAACAGAUGGCACAGAGAUGGUUUCUUCUUCAGAGCAGGACAGAACUGAAGCCCUUGUGGAUGAUGCCCAUAAACUAAGGGAAAAGAGAAAUCAUCUUUCACAUGGCAACCCCUGCAUCAGGACAAGUAGAAGAGAAGACCAAAGUGAAAAUGCUGGCUGCUUGAUGAGACAAAAUGCAGCCGAAGAAAUCAUCAAAAGGGCAGUCCGAACAGAUGGAAUGGACUGUGAUCAAAGGGGUUUGGAUAUUGGGAAGAAGGUGCAAGAGGCAGUCUGUUCUUCGAGCAGGCUCCAAAAUGUUGGGCCCGUGGCUAACUUGGAUGAGAACCAGAAUCGUCAACAGAUUUGCAGGGCAAAUGAACCUCAGAACCAGAAACAGCCACUGAUGUCCAGAGCCACUCUUCCAGAAUGGACAGAUGAACAACUAAAUGAAUUAUUUGCUGCUGAUGCUGAGGAUGAUGAGUCCCUAUUCUGAUAUGAAUUGUCAUAUUUGCAUUUCUGAUUCAGAUCUAGGAAAGGCUGGUCCUUUCAAUCCUUCUAGCCUUUUGGUGGCUGCUGUCCUGGUUUUGUCGAGCAAAGGCUGGUUUUGCCUGCAUUUCUGCCCUUUUGGUAGCUUUUUGUUUUAGUACUGAAAAACAACAAAAGAUGAUGACGCCCAGUGGGAUAUUUUUUUAUUUAACAUUUUUAAUAAAUAAUUUUUA